AAUACAGAUGGCGAGACUCGCUACACAGCUUCGACGUACAGACAGCAUGUUGGCAACCAUAUUUAAGUAUCAUAGCCAUGUGUUGAGAUGCAGUGAUUCUGAUCCGAGUUUGAACAGAAUUUUUAUUGCGGCACGUUUCGAGAUAUUCGGCGCGAAUAUAUACACGUACAAUUUCGUUAUCGGUAACGUGCAAGCAGGUUUACUAACGAAAUCAGAGAUAACAAAUUUGCAAUAAAAUAGUUUAAGGCUCCGAAUAUGACAACAUACAGCACAUAACUGGCAACUUAUUUAAGGCAAUAUUAUUAUCAACCAAAUCGCAGCAGCUGUUCAACCGAGAUGGAGAUCUGCGUCGAUUCUUUAGAAUCAGCGAGGAAUGCGGUCGAAGGUGGUGCAAGUCGACUGGAGAUUUGCUCAGCUCUCUCGGAAGGUGGUCUAACACCGAGUCCAGGUCUAAUCAAGCAAAUAAGGAAUUUCGCGACAAUCCCUCUUUACGUCAUGAUUCGCAUUCGCGGUGGCGACUUCGUCUACACCAGUGAAGAAAUCGACGCUAUGCUGCACGAUCUGACGAUCCUCAAAGAUCAUCACGCGGACGGAUUCGUGUUUGGCGCAUUGACUUCCGACUGGGAGAUCGACACUGUCGCAUGCGAGAAAAUGAUUUCCGCCGCUGGUCCUUUGCCGAUGACGUUUAGCCGUGCCUUCGAUCUCACGUCCGAUCCUAUAAAAUCGAUGCAAAUCCUCGCCGAUCUCGGUUUCCAGAGAAUUCUGACAUCGGGACAGAAAAAUAGCGCUCUGGAAGGAUUAGGACUGAUAAAAACGUUAUUACAAAAGACGCAAAAAAUCAUAAUUAUGCCUGGAGCUGGUAACAAAGAUAACAUUCGUAAAAUCAUGGAGUCUGGUGCCAAAGAGUUUCACGCGUCGGCGAAGAAGCGGAAAAUGCUCUAUGGUGCAAAUAGAGUCAAAAUGGGUGUUAAUGAAAAUGAUUUUAUUAAUGUAACCGACAGAGAGCUGGUGAAGGAAUUGGUCAACAUUAUCAAUGAAAUAAAUGCACCGUCUUGUGAAAAUAGAUUAAUAUAAGAAUAAUUUAAUACCGAUUAUAUAU